CUCUCUCCUCAUCUCCAUCCUCGUACACAACUGAGAGCGAGAGAGGUCAUGAUCUUGGUCUGCUAAACGCCACCCAGGUCAUGAUCUGCCAUCUCACCACCCUUUGAGCACAAAAUUGUGAUCUGCAUUUCAAUCUUUAUUGUUCCCAAAACCAUCAGAGACAAGGCUAGGGCUAAGCUCACUUCCUUUUUGCUCCUCUUUCUCUGUGUUUCAACUCUUUAGGAGAUGGCAAAGCGAACGUUUAAGCAGUUUGUAGAACAAGAACUUGGACAAGUCCUUAAGUUUUUUAUUUAUGCAGUGCUGGAAUGGAUAAUGAUACUUAUUCUGUUCAUUGACGGGUUUCUUGCAUUUUUCGCAAACGAAUUUGCUAACUUCUUUGAGUUGCCUAUCCCUUGCUUGCUUUGCACCAGGAUUGAUCAUGUCCUUGUACGGAGAAAUUCUGAUUUCUAUUACAAUGAUUCCAUAUGUGAACAUCAUAAGAAGAAUGUUUCAACUCUUGCAUUCUGUCAUGCUCACAAGAAGCUUUGUGACAUAAGAAACAUGUGUGAGAGCUGUCUUCUUUCCUUCGCAACUGGGAAAGAAUCCGAUUGUGAUACUUACAAGUCCCUUCUGGGGAUCUUACACAAGGACAUUGAGUUGUUUGUGGAUGAAGAUCAUGAAGUUCAUCUGUCAUUGCCUGCUGGAAAGAAGGAAAACGAAGGUGCCCUUGAGAAGAGCCAUGAUCAUCUUUGUUCAUGUUGUGGGGAGCCAUUGAAGGUGAAAUCCUCCUAUAUAAAAGGGAAGCAUUCAUCCCUCGCUCCAGCUCCAUCUCCCCGGGCACCGGCCAAUCCAAAUUUGGAUUUGUCACACAUAAAAUAUACGGAGCUCAAGCUUAACUCGGAUGAAUCAGAGGUUCAGGAGGAUAAUGAUCGCUCAAGGGGAAUAAGCCUUGAAAAGCCAUUCGAAGAUGCCAAGGCUGCUACAGUACCAUUGCUGAUGGAUGCUGAUGAUGAAGAUAAGACCCCAAACUUUAUUAGGGGAAACAAGUUUUUCGGAAUCCCGCUGUCGGAUUCAGCAACCAACAGUCCCAGAUGGACAAGAAUUACGAGGAAAUCACUGCUUGAGAAAACAGAGUUUGCUUCAGAAUCUGGAGAUGGGCCAGUCCCAAAUGAGGCAGAAGGUGAUAUUUUGCAUCAUUUGAAGAGACAAGUUCGUAUGGAUCGCAAGUCACUGAUGGCUUUGUACAUGGAACUGGAUGAAGAAAGAAGUGCAUCUACUGUUGCAGCCAACAAUGCAAUGGCCAUGAUUACCAGGUUGCAAGCUGAGAAGGCAGCUGUUCAGAUGGAGGCCUUACAAUACCAGAGAAUGAUGGAGGAGCAGGCAGAAUACGACCAAGAAGCCCUACAAGAGAUGAGUAAUUUUCUGGCCAAGAGAGAGGAAGAAAUUAAGGAUUUAGAGGCAGAACUUGCGGCUUACAGACAAAAUUAUGGAUGCUUAAAGGAAGUUGAUUUUGAAGGACAAGGAGAAGAGAGCGAUGGGGGCUACCGAGUACUAAAACCACCAUCUUACUCAUCCUAUAAUGGAAGAACUGAAUGUACCAGCCCUACUCGUAGCCUUAGUGAAGGGUCCAAUACUGGGGUAAAAGCACAGAAUGAUUAUCAGUCUGAUUCAAUGCAGGAUGAGGUCGGAGGGGAAGCCCCUGACAAAUCAAAGAAAGCCUCUCAAGGACUCCGUCAUUUGGACCGGUUGAAAAAUCUGGAUAAGAAACCGAAGAUUUCACCUUCAUCGGAUGGUGGGGAUGUUUCCCCAAACUCUAGUAGUGAAAAUGAUGACUACGUGGAAGACGAGACAGGAAUUGGAAGUAAAGCGAUCCUAAAGAGUGAAUUGUCCCGUAUCAGUGAGAAGAUUGAGGCCCUUGCAGCAGGUGGUGACGGACUCCUGAAGCAUGUUACUGAUCUUACAAACGAAAUAGGCAGCGACGGAACAAAACUAUUAACAGAAUUUUCCCAGAAUCUGCAGAAGCUUCAACACUUUGUAACAACGUGUUAUUCUGAAAGCGAAGAGGCAUAAUUAUCUUCCAAAUCAUCAGUGGAUGUGCGUAAGAUUCCUACUCGAUCGUUUUGGAGCUCUCCGCUUUUGGUGCCUUCGACUAAAGACCAGUGCUAACAGAUCAUUCUGCAGGACUGGCAGGAACGACUUGGGGCAAGCAAGCUUCUGACCUGCCAUGGAAUCGAUCAUCUGAGAUUUUAGUUGAAACUUGAAAUUAGCGGUAGCCAAAUGCCAGGGGGUGGAAAUGGUUAUAGACUUAUAGUGCUUUGAAUAUGUCGUCUUCACUUUGCAUAUUGUUGUUCUACCAGAGUAACACUUGUAGGAGAUUUGUUGGAUAUGAGACGAGGGGAAGAUAAGAAAAGGUUCCCCCAUAUUUUUCAAAGUGCUGCUUUGCUUAACCGGAAUGAUAAUGGUUUCUUUCCUCUUUGUUUUUCUGGUUUUUCUCUUUUUCUUGCAAAGGAAGAGGAAAUUCCAGGAAUGUGAUAACAAGUCCUGACAAAGGGGAUGGUAAUAACGUUUCCUUUAUGAGCUGUUUGAGCAGAAGCCCACCUUCUCAACUGCCCCUCAUAAAAACCUGCACCAUCCAUUCAGAAGAAUGCAUUCACCAAGCGAACAUAUAAUUCACUUAAGAGGAAAGUCAAAGAAUAACUAGUCGUUUGAGAAGAGAAGUGCCACAAGAAGAAACAGCUCUCACAAAUAAUCAACAUUUACAAGAAAAAAAUUGGAACAUGCAUGAUGAUUUAAACUCGUAAUAC